AUGCUGGAAUCGACAAGUUCCCAUGGUCGGUUAAAUGCUGGAACAUUCACUAUACAAAAACUUUUGGGUUUACUUCCAGAUUCACAAGAAAUAAAACAUAAUGAUGCCAACAGUAUAGGCGUACUCAGUUCAGAUGGACCUACUUUGAAUGUGGCGCCAGGGUACUCCCCUGCGGGUGAGGGCAACUGGCACGGUGACGGUUCUGCUGGACGUCAUCGAACACCAAGAAGACGCACGUCAUCCUCCUCUCCAUUCGGAUCCAGUCCUGCCACCACAUUCAAUCCUUCUCAACUAUUCAACAGUACAGAACACUGUACACAACCAAAUGUCUCACCCCCUUCUGACAAAGAUAUGGUGUAUGCGAUAAUGAAUUUUUACAAAUCAUAUCCCGCCUUAGUCGAAUCUGGGAAGGCGCAAUCUCGAUGGCUGGAACAGAUUCAAAAGUAUAACCAAUCCACUGGAAGACAUAUACACAAAUCUGCUCCUCCACGUUCCUUGGUACGACACAUUCCCACUUGUGCACAGAAUGAUUGCCUUACUUUGAGUUGUCUAUCUACAUCUGGAUCUGUUCUAUCACCAGAAGCGCAACCCAGCCAUACUUGUUGUUAUCCGCCCUCCACGUGUUCACUACAGAGGUCACACACGCUCUGGACUGACAUCCACUCCGGAAAUGUGACCGCCAAGUCACUGGAUAUGCGAUCAAUGGAUUUCCAUGUAUGUGACCUGCAAUCUGGACCGAAAGAUACAAGUUCCUGCCCAGAUACAGGUGAGAUUAGGGAAUUGUUUAGUCUUCAUUUGGAUAACACCUGA